UUUGAUUUAUAACUUUGCUUACGUAUUAGGAACUUGUUUGUUUCCCCUGCUUUUCUUUAAGCCUCUGUUGCAGAUAUUUAAUUUUAAUAUGUUGUGGCUAAUCAGGAGGAUAGCAUAUGCUGAAUACCAGUUUUAUGGAUUCCAUCCACUGCCUUCAUCAGCCCUCAAGGGCUGCUGUUCCUCUCCAGACACAUAGAGCUAUUUAGCCACAUCUUUUCAUGCAUAUAAUUGGUGCAAUUAACAGGUUGUGUUCUUUUAAAGUGGCAUGAAAAGGUCCUUUUCAACAAUAUGACAUGUUAAUGAUGCAUUCAUUUUUUGCUCAUCUUUAACAUAAUCUUCUAGUGAGCUGCGUUAAAAGCAUUGCUAUCUGUGUAGACUGUUGUCUGUUACAAGACAGCUGAUUAGGAAACUAUCCAUGGCAUCCUUCUCUAUAAAUAAUGGCACGUUAGCACUUUGCAAAGCUGUAUCUACUGCAUUGACAAAAGAGAGGAGGGGACAGGACAGUGCACUUCCUUUGUUACUUGCCUGUCACCGUCACUGUGCCUAGAGAAGACCACAGCAGGUGUUACAGGACGGACAGACACUUUUCAGGAGGCUCUACUUGUAAAACACACCAGACUGAGGUGAUCCAGAGACAGAAUGACCAAACCGAUGCUCCCCAAGACUGCUGAGAAGAAGCCAGCUGAGGCACCGCCGGCUGAAGCACCACCGGCCGAGCCAAUGCCCGAUGUCCCAGCAGAAACCAAAGAGCCAGAGCCAGAAGCAUCACCUCCACAAGAACCUGCACAAGAGGCCAGUGCUGAAGCUGCUGCACCUCCAACUGAGGAGGCAACUCCUGCUCCUCCUGAAGAUGGAGCUUCUCCAGCAGAAGCAGCACCAACGGGAGAGGAAGGGGCACCAUCUGCAGAAGCACCUCUAGAGGAAACUGCCCCCCCACCAGAGCCGGAACCAGAGCCUAAACCUGUUGGCAGUAGGCAUCUAUUUCUAACUAUCUUUUGUGGAGAAUAUUAAUCUCCAGGGAUUAUACUACUCUCCGUGACAUCUUUAUAUAUCUUUUUACGGCUGUCUUGAUGCAUCAUUGUCACUAACUUAUUACAAGAAUAUGGCAUAGAGUAGCAUUAAAACCUAAACCAGUUGUAUAAUGCCUGUCCAUAUGGGUAUUGUUACAGUAUUCAGUUUGUAUAAUGAUAUGCUGUUGAGAUAGUAUUCUCAAUUGAAACAAGUAGAGGCUUGUGCCCGGAAACAGUAUUACUUGUGUCAUGACAUAACAAGCGGAUAUAACUGUCAUUGUGUGAAUGGUUACACCUGAAGAUAUGGUUACAUUAGUGAAAUGUUGCUGGCAAAAAAUGUUAAUUGUCAGUAGUGUAGCGACGUAUAAAGCACAUUUCAAAAAGAAGUCACUUGUGGUGUUCUGCUGGUUGGACCAAAGUUGCAUCUCGAACCCGAUGCAAAAUUUGCACGGGCAAAUCUUUCACUCUCAUUCAUUGCCAAUUGCAGAUUCCUGUUGAAAUGACUAGGCUUAUAUUUUACCAUGAAAAAUUUGCAGAAGGAUGGUAAAUGUGAAUGCACCUUAAGGCCUGAAUAAGCAUACCAAAGCAAAACCUGAUCAUUUUACUCUGUUUAUUUCUAUUGGCCUCAUAUUUAGAGUGGUUGUUUGCAUGUCAAGUAAUUAAAUCAUUUUUCCACUCUAGAUAACUCUUGGCUAGAUAUGAAUAGAUGUUCUUGGAUUUGCUGCAAGUUCAUGGUCUUCAUAAAUACACAGCUUGACCUGAGCAUGCCAUUGACGCUUAAAUAUGGCACAAACAUUUUAGACUUGAGCUUGCUUACAAAUCACAGCAGACAGCAUGUUUAUCUUCAGGAGGCCCUUAUCACCACUACCCUAAGACAAACUCAGACUCAUUCAAGCAAUAUUGGUUAUUCUUAUCAGUAAUGAAAGGCUUUCUGUGAAGGUAGUCUCAAAGGUAAGUAGAGUUGAAUGUCACACAAUUGAGGUUGCUUUCAUAGUUUCCAUGGCUGCUUAGUUUAAUGACAACGCAAUGCUCUUCUCACAUUGUUUAGUGGAACUUUACUGGAGACCACAGUGACAAGACCUACUUAAUCCAGCUAUGUAUUAAAAGUCUCCAGUACUAUAUCUGUCUUUAAUGGCUUAGUAACAGUAUAGAAGUCUAAUACAGCAAAUGUUGCACUCAAAAUACAUCAUACACACAAGGGUUUUCCUUGCUGUCAGUUUAUGUACAGUUAGUACAUCAUCAUUUCAGAGCUAGGUGCAAAAAUCCUAACCAAUUUGUUGGCUAAAGUGAUAAUGGAAAGACAAAUAAGAGUGUCAGAUGGUACAUGAUUGAUUUACUCCAGCUGCAAGUACUAAGGAAAUGGUUCUUGGCCAACCCUUUAUACAAGAGCAUAGUUUCUUUUGACUGAAACACAUACUCAUUUGUAUCAACUUCCUGU